ACUCAUUAGUUAAAACUGAAUUGAAUGUUGAUACCUUAAGUACUAAACAACAAGAACAAUUCAAUCAGUUACUCAAGGAGAAUCAAGAUAUGUUUGUAACCGAUAUUAGUCAAUUGGGACGAACAAAUAUCAUUCAACAUAAAAUUGAUACUGGAAUUGAGAAACCU